AUGACUAGAAGGAAAGUGAAAUUAGCCUUCAUCAUGAACGACUCGUCGCGAAAAGUGACAUUCAGGAAAAGGAAGAGGGGAUUCAUGAAGAAGAUGUUUGAAAUCAAUAAACUUUGUGAUGUUCCAACAUGUGCUGUCAUAUACAGUCCAGAUGAGCCUCAACCUGAUGUCUGGCCUAAUCCUUCAGAAGCACGACGCCUCAUUGAGCAGUUCGAGAACAUGCCCGAGGAGGAGCGAAAUAAAAAGAUGGUGACCCAUGAGAUGUUUCUGAAGCAGAUGGUUGAAAAGGAGCAACAGAAGGUGAACAAGCAAAAAAAAGAAAACCGAGAGGUGGAAAUUUGGCUGGCCAUGAACCAGUGCCUCACUGGGAAGCCCCUGACCGUCUUGGAGUUCAUUGAUAUACAGGAAAUAGGGUGGAUGAUCGACGGGAGAUUGAAGGAAGUUGUCGCGAUUCAGAGCCGGAAGGAAGACGAGCUAGCGAAGAUGAAUCAACCCUUAGGUGCACAACCGUCAGUGACUUCAGCGACAAUUGAUGAAAACAUUCAGAACGCCAUACAGGUGGUUCCAUGGUCCAUUGGGGACGUGCCGACCCCACAAUCUGGUGAUAUGGAUGAUUAG